AUGGAGACCGGGUUCUCCGUUCUACUGGGCGGAUUCACGUUCGUCAAUGUACAGAAGACCAAAAACCUGCAGUACUUGACCUCGCUGGGACCGUUCGGAAUGAUGAUAGUGCUUGCCGUGAUACGCAUCUCCAAGAAGCAAGGUCAAGGUCACCCAUCCGUGGCGACCAUUGGCGAUGUACCCAAUCUGUUCGGCGUCUGUGUGUACGCAUUCAUGUGUCACCACUCGCUGCCCUCGCUCAUUACCCCAAUUAGAAACAAGUCUAAGCUGUACAAUUUGCUGGCAGCGGACUAUUUGUUGAUCCUACUUUUUUACGUUCUUGUCUCGUUUACGGGUAUUUACGCAUUCCAUGAGAUAGACGACCUUUACACGCUGAACUUCUCUCAGCUGGAUGCGUGCGACGAAUCGAGUUUCAUUACCCGCGUGAAAUUCAUACAAUACUUUUUCGCCUUGUUUCUCGUAUUCACGCUUAGCACACACUUUCCUAUCAUCUCCAUUACAUUACGGAACAAUCUGAAAGCGAUAUGUUACAAUGAAAAAAGGCCGUACACUUUCCUCGUGGACCGAAUAGUCUGUCCCUUGGUUGCGCUCUUUCCUCCGUUUGGAAUUGCUCUUGCGACCAACAAAGUCGAGUUCCUAGUCGGAAUUACCGGCUCCUCUGCAGGGGCUGGUAUCCAGUAUAUCAUCCCGGCUUUGCUUGUGUUUAAUGCCAGACGUCAGACGGCACCUUCGAUGGCCGAUGAAAACGUGCACCGAUCUCCGUUCCGCGGUUAUUUGUGGAUCAUUUUUGUAUGCGUUUGGGCCGUCCUAUGUAUGAUUUUUGUCACCGUGAACCAUAUUAUUAGUAGAAAAUGA